UCGCAAAAUACCAGUCGCAAUGAUGGGAGAAAUCUCAGUUGAAGUUGUUAGCCCAAGUUCUUGGGUAGAUAGAAAAAAUAUCAAACUGUGUGGGGAUGGUCCUGAAAAAUCACAAGAGCUCGGUGAUGAUAAGCUUUCUUUUACGUUUCAAAAAAAAGAUGGGUUAUAUUUCAAAUUUGGUGAAGAAUCAUUUGGACUCGAUAACAUUAUUAGAAAUAAGGG